UAUGRCACACUUGGGAAAUCCUUUUUAAUGGAAAUAAUUCCAGUGUUUGAUUCCCACCUUUCAUUAUUAUGCUGAGUGUCAUUGUACUCGCUUGUAGUAAAAGAUGUAAACAGGAAUUCAAUUUUGUGGUUACCAGAGCAUAACAUCCUAGCUCUAACGAGCUUCCAAGACAAACAUAUCAUUUUAAACUGCCAUGAGUGGGGUAGAAACUCGUCAAACGAAUAUCCAACGAUUUGGAUUAAAUCCAGAACCAUCGCCUGAUGUUUCAUCGUCUUCUUCAUCCUGGCAAGAAGCAUGGAAGGCYCACUGGAYARCAUUCGCAAUAAUUUUYACAUGCGUGGGUUUGUACAGCGCAUUUUCGCUUGUGAAGUCGCGAAAACGAAAGGARAAGAUAUCGAGAUAUUUGUCUUUCACUGUUUAUUCUYUGCURAUUCUUUUGGCGACUACCAGGCUUGUUUUCCUGCUAAUCUACCCACAAGAACUUAAGUCAAAAGACUUCAACAAGGCACUGCAAGUUUCUACAAGGAUAAUCUUUAGGCUUGGAUUUCCUUGCUUAACUGCGAGCUUUGCGUUUAUAGAUAUUUCUUUCGUCGACGCUGUGAGAGGAAAAAUCAGCAGAUCUCGCCUUAGAAGCAUUAAGUACCUCGGAGCGGUCGUAGGAGCGCACUUUGCCAUCGACUUAGCCGCGUCUGGUCUCACUAGCUUCGUGGAAGACACCUCUUCGCUGUACAUCGUCUGCGUAUCGUACUUUAUUAUUGUCUUGGUGAUUAUUAUGACUAGAAUCACUUACAGUGGGCGGAAGAUCCUACUCGAAGCUAAAGCAAACCAAAUGGCCCUACACGAGAUCUCAAGAGGUCAUUCCACUUCGAAUCCAUCAGAAAAACCUGAACUUCCACGCGAAAUAAAACGCGCGGUGAGAAAGGUGCGCAAAGUCAUCAUUUUGACAUGGAUUUCGUCUCUUAUGACGAUAGCGGUUUCAAUAUUCUCUCUGUUUUCAAUGGGGAUGUUGUUGACGGGCGAUGCUUUGCUACAGGAACCUUGGACAUGGUUUAUACACCAAACCGCCUUUCGUAUUUCUGAAUUAUUGUUGAUUGGUACGAUUUUGUUUGCUCUUGAGCCGAGUAAUUCAUAUAAGUUCAAUUGUAAACGAUUCCCUAGCUGCCUGACAAGAAAAGAGCGAUAUAACAUUGAAAAUACCACACGAACAAAAACCGACCGGUCGAUUUCUACGUAGCAUUGCUUAAUCUAUAAAUGGAUAUAUGAGAGGGUACAUCACAAAAGGGGUCUUGUGUCUAGCGUGAAAAUCCAGCCCUCCCAAAGAAGCCAAUUAAUUCACGGUGCGCAUCAAAAGGGUCUUAAUUCUUUAGAUACCUUUUGUGCUGUCCCUUCUCAUAUAUAUAAAGGUAUAAAUAUGGAAACCGACCGGUCGAUGUAAAACUCGGCAUGUCUAAUCAUAUAUAGAGCGAUGUGUUCUAUCGAGGGCGAGUGUGUAUUUAUAUAUAGCACGUUACUUAACCAACCAGAGCUCGUAUACUAGACAAAUCUAUUAUAACUUAUCAUAAUAUAAAUUAA